GGAGCCCCGCCAGCUACAAAUUAUUUAUUUAUUUUUUUUAAAGUCUCCAACAUGGACGGCACACGUGUGUCCGCUUUAGCCAUUUACCGCUUGCAGGAGCACGCCGGCAUCGUCCAGAAAGAGAUACCCAGACGACUGCAGAAGCCGAGAAAAGGGCAUCUCCUGUCUCGUUCCAAAAGCAUUAAAAAGAAGCAAAAACAGAAGGGGAAGAAAAAGGUGAGCCUGGAUCAGGGAUGCUCCCAGGUAGGGGCAGAGGUGCCCGGUCCGUUGCCAAAAAUAGACCACGGUUUUGGAGUGGAAGGGGAGCCCGAGGCAGGAGCCCCGCAGGCUAGUCCGCUGGUAGCCGAAGUAGAAAAGCGGAGCCUUAGGAGGCAGGAAGCCCAGACUGAGACCGCGGAGCCCGGCAGGGGGCUGCCCUCGACGGCUCGGGCUGGAGAGGAGAGGGAGGAGGAGUCGCUCCCCGCACCUGCGGCAGCAGGGAAGCGGAGCGGGACCUCUAGCGACCAGAACGCCAAAAGGCAGACGGAGGAGCCCGACAGGGUCCAGCCUCGGACUCAGACGGCUGCGGUGGAAGAGGAGAGAGAGAGCGGGGUCUCAAAGAAUCAGAAAAUCAAGAAAAAGGGUGCUUCGUCUCAGACGGCUCAGGGGGGAGAGGAGAGAAAAGCGGAACAGACCUCUGGGGCAGUGCGAAGACUGAGCGAGGCUCCAAGGAAGCGGCAGGUCGAGAGAGAGACGGCGGAGAGCGAAAGGGUCCUACCCCCGACGGGGCGGAGAGGAGGAGGGAGGAAAGUGCAACAGCUUCCGGGGGCUCUGGAAACACUGAGCGAGGGUCCGAGGAAGAAUAAAGCCAAAAGGCAGGGAGCAGAGCCCGAAAGGGAUCUACCCCCGACGGGGCGGAGAGACGAGGAGAGGGAAGUGGAACCGCCUCUCGGGGCCGCAAAGAAGCAGAGAAUUAAGAGACAGAUAGCGGAACCCCCCGUGGGGGUCCCAGCCCCGGCUCCUACUGUUGCUCUAGAAAAGCUGAGCGGGGGCCAAAAGCGCAAGAAAGGCAAGAGAGACCAGGCGGCGGGGGAACAGGAGAAGGCGGAAGGGGGAGCCAAAGGAGAGCUGGUGGAGGGGCACGGCGGCUGCGGAGCGGGCUCCGGGGCCCCUUCCCUGCAGCAGGUGCUCCGGGAGCUGGGACAGAUUCCGCACAGCAAACGGAGGGCCGCCCGCCUCUUCGAAUGGUUGAUCUCGCCGCUGCCGGCGGACCAUUUUUUCAGCUGGAUGUGGGAGAAGGACGCGGUGCUGGUGCGGCGGGGCAACCCGGAUUACUACCGGGGCCUGUUCUCCACCGCCGAGCUGGAUGCGGUGCUGCGCGGGGAGGACGUGCAGUUCGGGCUGCACCUGGACGCCGCGCGCUACCGGAACGGCCGGCGCGAGACCCUGAACCCGCCCGGGCGGGCCCUCCCGGCCACCGCCUGGUCUCUGUACCGAGACGGCUGCUCGCUGCGCCUGCUGUGCCCGCAGGCCUUCUCCGCCGUGGUGUGGCAGGUGCUGUCCGUGCUCCAGGAGCACUUCGGCAGCAUGGUGGGCGCCAACGCCUACCUCACGCCGCCGGACUCGCAGGGCUUCGCCCCCCACUACGAUGACAUCGAGGCCUUCGUCCUGCAGCUGGAGGGGAAGAAGCUCUGGCGCGUCUACAAGCCCCGGGAGCCGGCCGAAGAACUCCCCCAGUUCUCCAGCCCGAACUUUGGGCCGCAGGGCUUGGGGAAACCCGUGCUGCAGGAGGUGCUGGAGCCCGGGGAUCUGCUCUACUUCCCCCGGGGCUUCAUUCACCAGGCCGAGUGCGAGCCCGGGGCGCAUUCCUUGCACCUCACCCUGUCCACCUUCCAGCGCAAUUCCUGGGGGGACCUGCUCGAGCCCCUGCUGCCGGCGGCCUUGCAAGCCGCCGUGGAGGAAGAUGUGGAGUUCCGCAGGGGGCUGCCCAGGGACUACCUAGAUUACAUGGGGGUUCAGCACUCGGAGUCUGGGGACCCUCGUCGCGGGCCCUUCCUGGAAAAGGUGCAGAGGUUGCUCGCCCGCUUGGGGCAGUACGCGCCUGUGGAUGCCGUGGCGGACCAGAGGGCCAAGGGCUUCCUCCACGACUGCCUGCCUCCGGUGUUGUCCGAGAAGGAACGGGCCCUCAGCGUGCACGGGCUGCCGGCCCGCUGGGAGGCCGGGCAAGCUUGGGACGUGGGGGCAAAAAUCACCUUCGCGACCCAGGUCCGCCUCCUUCGCCAUGGUUUGACCCGAUUAGUGAGCGAGGACGACAGUGUCCUGUUGUACUACACGGUGGAAAAUUCUCGAGUCUAUCAUCAGGGGGAGCCCAAGUCCCUGGAGAUCGACUCCCAGUACACGGAUGCCAUCGAGUACCUGUUCAGCUCUUACCCGGGUUUUGUGCAGGUGGGAGACCUGCCUUGUGAUAACAGGAAGGACCAGCUUGCCUUAGUGACCAUGCUGUUCGAAAAGGGGCUGCUCAUCACCAAGAAACCUCUGACCCCAUAGGCAUUUCUUGUUGAGUCGAAGGGAAAAUAAAAGUGUUUUUGUUUCUACUCCCUUA